GUCACCAAUAUGCGGACUGUAUGGAUGUCACUGCACUAACCUUUUUGAACAACUCGAUCGCACAUUGCGAGGAUGCUCCAGGCGCAAGGCGUCUUGAAUGACACCUUUGCAGACGGAUUGGAUGCACACAUUGAAACUCGAUUCAAGACUAUACUAGCCUCUGGCAGCUCGACUGGCAGUGGUACGGCAUGCCUCGUCGCUUGGGACAUGAGGACGAGGCGAGAACCGCGGGGCCAGUCGGUCAAAAAUGCGUGCGCAACAGAGACGUAGCCGAGAACAGCACCACGCCCUCUUGACCAUGGUGCAAAGUUCACCGCCAGUGAGGGCCGAAAUGUUGGCCGGAGUACAAAGUUCUACUCUGAAUGACCGCUGCACUCGACCCACUGCGAAGGAGCAAGCGGUGCCCGCGGUGAUUCGCUCGCCAAGCCCCUACCGUAGCUAAACGUCUUAUUUGACACUUCGCGGACCGAUUGGACGCACACUUUGAAACUCGAUUCAGGCCUCCGGCUUCUCAACUGGCACUGGCACGGCAUGCUUCGUCAUUUGGGGCACGAGGACAAGUACCGCGGGGCCAGUCAGUCAAAAAAGUAUGUGCAACAGAGACGUAGCCGAGACCAGCACCACGACCUACCUGCGCCCAACCAUGGUGCAGCGUUAAGCGCCAGCGACAGCCAAAAUACCGGCUGGAAGUCAAAGUUCUAUUCUCAGUGGCCGCUGCACUGGACCCACAGCUAAGGCGAAAGCGUUGCCCGUGGUCGCUUCUGCACGCCAAGCCGCUAUUUGUAACCCUGGGAAUCAUGAACGCCUGGGUCCUAAAAGCACGAAUCCAGGCGGGGGCGCCACUCCCUUGGGCCUCCUUCGCCGCACAACCGGGCCCGAGGUGUCUGGCGAAUCUGGCACAUGGCAGGGCCCGGUUGUUGGCAGCGGUGCCCUGGCGAGCUCACUGGCCAGCAGUGAUGGCCUGGCGGGUCCUAUGGCCAGCGGUGGCGGUCUGACGGGCCCAAUCGCAAUAGACCUCGCUGGAGAACAUGACGGGUGCACGGCUUGCGUUGAUGGCUCCGCCACGCAGGCAGCGUACAGGGGGAUCACCAUCAGGACCCCGCAGGAGACCACCACCACGGAGAGGCACACGGAGGCGCCCCAGCCGUACGAGACAGCGAUUGCAACUACGUGGGGCUCGCGUGGCAUUACAACAGAUAAGCCUACGCCCACGGCGGCGCUGCUCGCGACCGCGAUAGCCAAAGCGUCGUCGGUGAUCUCCAGAGUGGCAUCCUUGAGAGCCGAGAGACAGCAUGCCAGGAACUCAUGCGCCUCCUCGUUGAGGAUUGAUAGGAGGCGACUACCCCUCUGAAAGACGGUGUAUGCAACAUCGCCUGGCAUUGCACCGAACUCCUGAGGUCGAUUCCCCCAAAAUGCACGGCAUGCACAAGAGCAAGUACACUGGCGUAACUUUAAACUGCCAACGCUGAGCCAAAAAGGCUGUGGAAUGCGACUUGGUUCACGUGGGAAGCGUGACUGGAUGAAAGGUACAAUAGCUGGCAGGUGCGUCUUCUUGCUUUUAGUACGAAGCUCAACGAACGAAUGCCAAAAGCUGGCUUCAUCUGCCCACUCUGCAACAAUUCGAGCACAGGUUCGUAGAAGCGAUUUGGGAAAACAACCACAACACGAGCACAAAUUCUAAGACUGUUCGCUCCGAUCUGCUCGCGUGCCGUUCACCACGCAUAUC